AUGGUUGAAACAAAUAUAUCCAAAUUUUAUGAUAAACAUAAUAGUAUUGAAGAAGAUGAAUACAAUAUGAGUCCAUUAAAUGCAUAUAAUAUAAAAACACUAAAAAAAAAGGAUGAUGUGAAUAAUUAUUGUGAAUUAAAUGGUACAAAUACAAACUUAAUUAAAUGUAACUUAUUUGAUGAUAAAUUAAAACUGAGAAAUUCCAAAAUAAAUGGAAGUUAUUUAAAAUUUCAAGAAAUAAACAAAUAUAAUACUGAUAAUGUAGAUGAGUAUAAGAAAAAAUUUGAAAACUUCAGAAACAAAGUUGAAAAAGCUGAUUAUGAUUUUUACGUUGUAAAAUCAGAUGCUUCAGAGAGCAGUAAAACUGAAAAAAAAUUAAGCAGUCAUUAUUAUUUGAAAUGCAACAAAGAAAAUUUAUAUACAUCUUCAAAAAAAAAUAAUGAUAUUGACAGUAAUAACUCAAGUAAUAAAAAUAUUAAUACAUAUACUUUUUUAAAUAAAAAUAAAUAUAUAAAUUCAUGUAAUAAAUUUUGUAACAAAAACUUCGAUUGCAAAAAUGUAGAUAAUAAAGAUAAUUUAAAUAACAACAUUAACACAAAUCAUAAUAGGAAUAUACAAAAAAAUUGUGAUAAUAGGAACAAUGAUAAUAACAAUUAUAAUAAUGAUAUAAAUAAUUAUAGUGGAACUUUAAAUAAUAGUAAUUAUUAUUAUAUAAAUAGUUUUAAUGAUACAUUGAAUCUUUGUAAAAAUAGAGAAAAUGUUAAGGAUAAUAAAUACAACAAUAAUUAUGAACAAUGCAAUGGCAAAAGAAUAACACAUUUAAUUGAAAAAAGUAAAGAACGUAAUAAAAAUAUAAAAAUUUUACAAAAUGACAUUCCUUUAGUUGAAAAUUUAAAUUCAUUGAGUGAUUUUAUCGUAAAUGAAAAAAAUUGUAUGAAAAAAAAAGUUAACAUGAAUAAUGAUAAAAUUAUGAUUUAUAAAAAAAAUUGGGAUAAUUACAAUGAUGAAAUAAAUGGUACAACGAAAUAUAAUACAAAAAUUCUUAAUAAUAAUUAUAACAGUUGUAAUAAAAUAAAUUAUAAUAUGAAUAAUGGUUUAUAUUAUACAGAAUUAUGUAAAAAAAACAAUAACGAUUCACAUAAUGAGAGUGUGAACAAUAACGGAGAUAUAAAUAUAAAUUAUAAUUGCUAUAAUAAUGAAAUUUUCAAACAUAAAGUUAUCUUUGACAAUAAUAAAAAAGAAGAUUGUAAUAAUAGCAAAAUAAAAUUAAACAAAAAUGACUAUAGCAAUAAGAAUAUUAAAAAGUUCAAAUGCCAUUCUAAAUCAGUUAAUUCCUAUGAAUUUUCAUCAGGAAAUGAUUCUGAAAAAAAAGAAAAAUACAACUACAGUAAUAAUGAUAACAACAAUAGUUAUAGAAGCAAAAAUAAUGUUAAUAAUAAUAAUGACUAUAGUAAUAUUAAUUAUAAAAACUAUAUGAAUGGAUAUAUUAAUAAUAAUGACCAUAAUAAUAAUAGUGACCAUAAUAAUAAUGAUAAUAAUAAUGAAAAUAAUGAUAAUAAUAAUAAUAAUGAAAAUAAUGAUAAUAAUAAUAAUAAUGAAAAUAAUGAUAAUAAUAAUAAUA